AUGCAACGAGGUCUCUUUUUGAAGAUUGUUAAAGAUAUCAAACAGCAUGAUAUGUACUUUGCUCACAAGGCCAACACGUUGGGUAAUCUAUGCUUGAGAGGAAUUCAAAAGAUCACUGCCUCUCUCCGGAUCUUGGCAUAUGGCGGAUCACACCAUGCAACCAACAAAUAUAUCUGUAUAGGAGAAUCCACCGCUUCAAAGAGCCUCUACAAAUUCUAUCCGAUCCGAUACGGUAUCGGCCAAUUUAUCGGAUCGGAUCGAUUUUUCGUUACCAGGUAUCGAAAAAAGGGGUAUUGGAUCGCCCACCCGAUCCGAUACCCAGAGUAUCGGAUCGCAGCAGGCAGUAUCGCAGGGUUAGGGAUCGGUAUCGCAUCGCGAUACCGAUCCGAUACCGAUCCGAGCAACGACAGCGGCAGCGGCUGCGGCUCGUCCGGCGAAACACCGACGAAUCGGAGGGCAGGCCGGGAACGAAGAGUGGCGGAGGCCGGUGUGGAACUGCUCAGCAAGUGA